CAAUUGCAAGUUGCAAUACCAGAAAGGAAGCAAAACAAGAAAAAGAAUGGCAGAGAAGAGUAAUCUUCCUCUCUUUGAAACAAAGUUUUUCAGGAACCGCUUCAUCUUCAGAUUAUACACACUCUCCAUCUUCAUCAGCAUAUGUUUCAUCUUCUACUUUAGAAUCCAUCACCUGCCAGAGUCCAAGACAGCUGAGAAAUUGGCUUGGCUUGGAGGUUUCUUCUCUGAGCUCUGGUUCACUUUUUACUGGUUUAUCACCAUCGUCGUGAGAUGGAACCCUUCGUACCGCCAUACCUUCAAGGACAGGCUUUCUCAGAGGUAUGGAGAGGUUUUGCCAGGAAUCGACAUAUUUGUGUGCACGGCGGAUCCGGUGAUAGAGCCACCGACCAUGGUGGUCAACACCGUCUUAUCAGUCAUGGCAUACAAUUACCCGCCAGAGAAGAUGAGCAUCUAUCUCUCCGACGACGGCGGUUCGGACCUAACUUUCUAUGCGUUACUUGAGGCUUCUCGAUUCUCCAAGAAGUGGCUUCCCUUUUGCCGGAAAUUUAAGGUCGAACCAAGGUCGCCGGAGGCCUAUUUUAGGAAAGCUGUUGAGCCUCUGAAUGAUGCUCUCUGGUCCAAGGAGUGGUCCUCCAUGAAGAACUUAUACGAGGACAUGAAGAAACGCAUCGACACGAUAGCGGAGCUGGGACGGAUUCCGGACGACAUCCGUGAGCAACACAAAGGAUUUCUUGAAUGGGACACCGUCUCAAGCCGGAGAGAUCAUCAAACUAUUCUUCAAAUAAUGAUCGAUGGGAGGGACGCCAUGGCCGCGGACGAUGAAGGACAACCUCUCCCAACUCUGGUGUACUUGGCCAGAGAAAAGAGACCACAAUACAACCACCAUUUUAAAGGAGGAGCUAUGAAUGCACUAAUUAGGGUCUCGUCGAGGAUCAGCAACUCGCCCGUCAUCCUCAACGUGGACUGCGACAUGUACUCGAACAACUCGGACUCGGUGAGAGAUGCGCUGUGCUUCUUGAUGGACGAGGAGAAUGGCGAUGAGAUCGGUUUUGUACAGUUCCCGCAGUGCUUCGAUAACCUUACCAAGAAUGAUCUAUACGGCAGUUCCUUGAACGUAAUAAUGCAGGUGGAGAUCCAUGGAAUGGACACCAAUGGUGGACCUGGGUACAUCGGCACUGGGUGCUUUCAUCGGAGAGAGACACUGUGCGGGAGAAAGUAUAGACGGGGAAAUAAAAGCGAGUCCUUGAGGUGGGAUCACCACCAGAGGAUACAAGACAGUGCAAGUGUCCUAGAAGAAACAUGCAAAACACUUGCCAACUGUGGUUAUGAAGAGAACACUGAGUGGGGAAAGGAGAUGGGUCUGAAGUAUGGCUGCGCAGUCGAGGAUGUCCUUACCGGUCUUGCGAUACAUUGCAGAGGUUGGAGAUCGGUCUAUUUCAACCCCGAAAGGAAAGGCUUUCUAGGAGUCGCCCCGACAACAUUGUUGCAGUCCCUAGUUCAACAUAAGAGAUGGUCUGAAGGUGAUUUACAAAUCUUCCUAUCACGGCACUGUCCCCUGCUGUAUGGACAUGGAAAAAUCCCCCUGAAGCUCCAACUUUCUUAUUGCGUCUGGUUGCUAUGGGCGCCAAAUUGCUUGGCUUCUCUGUACUAUGUGACCAUUCCAUCACUCUGUCUUCUCAGAGGCAUCUCCUUGUUCCCCAAGGUAUCAAGUCAGUGGAGCUUCCCAUUCAUCUACACCAUUAUAGCGACUAGUGCAUACAGCGCCGGAGAAUUCAUAUGGUGUGGAGGCACUCUCCUUGGUUGGUGGAAUGACCAAAGAAUGUGGGUCUAUAAGAGAACGACUUCCUAUGUCUUUGGCUUCUUGGACAACAUUCUGAGGCUGCUGGGUAUUACCAAGUCUGCCUUUGUCGUCACUGCGAAAGUGGCAGAUGACGAUGUCUCGAAGAGGUACGAGCAAGAGCUCAUGGAGUUCGGUGCACCCUCUCCUAUGUUCACUAUCCUUACCACCCUUGCUUGGCUCAAUGCAUUGAUCCUCAUUGGAGUUUUACUGAAGUUAGCAAUGCUCGGUGACACUCCAGACCAGCUGGCUAUGCAGAUCAUGUUAUGCGGCUUGCUAGUCUGUGUCAACCAGCCUCUAUAUGAAGAUUUUCUUACGAAAAGACAAGGCAAGAAUGCCCACCUCAGUGGCAUAUAAAUCCGCACUCUUUGCUCUAGUAGCCUGUUCUUUAGUCUGGGUAUAAUCUACCAUUGCACUGUAUUAUCGGCUAGAAGUCGCCGGAACUUCAUAAAUAUUUGUAUCAUAUGCUAGCCAUGAUACAAAGUUAAAUGCCAUCAGGACCUGAUGAGAAAGACUUUCUGCUGC